AGGACGAUGGUUUACAUCACAGAGGAGCUGGUCCGCCGCCGGGCCGAGCACAACGAGUGUGAGAUCUUCUCCCUGGAGGAAGUUUCUCUGCACCAGCAGGACAUCGAGAGGAUCGAGCACAUCGACAGGUGGUGCAGGGAGCUGAGGAUCCUGUACCUGCAGAACAACCUCAUCUCAAAGAUCGAGAACGUCGGACGCCUGAAGAAGCUGGAGUAUUUGAAUUUGGCCUUGAACAACAUCGAAGUCAUUGAAAACCUUGAAGGCUGCGAGAGCCUCCAGAAACUGGAUCUGACCGUGAACUUCGUGGGCCGUCUGAGCGGCGUGGAGUCUCUGCAGCACAACGUCCGGCUGACCGAGCUGUUUCUGGUGGGGAACCCCUGCACCGAGUUCAACGGCUACCGGCAGUUCGUGGUGUCCUCGCUGCCGCAGCUCAAGUGGCUGGACGGGACGGAGAAGCGGUCGGAGAGGAUUCGGGCCUCUCAGGGGCUGGAGGAGGUGAGGAGACGAGUGUGGGAGCAGGAGGAGGAGUACCUGCGGAGGAGAGCCAGGGAGAGAGAGGAGGCACAGAGGAAGGAAGCAGGAGAGGAGAGAGGAGACAAGGAGAGGAAAGCAGGCUUCGACGGCCGCUGGUACACCGACAUCAACAACACAGUUCCGGCGUCGGAGGAGAAUAAGGAGAACCAGGAGGUGGAGGAGAGCGUGACGACCCCCGAGUCUGAUGAGGAGCGGCGGGAGAAGGAGUUCUGGCACACGCCGUGUUCAUUCACCCCCGAAUCUCGUCUGGAGGCUCAUCGCCACCUGGAGGAGAAGAGAAGGGCAAAGGAGAAACGCAGAGAGAGGAAGCCGGAGGCCUCGAGGACGCUGAUCAGCGCUGACGGACGAGUCAUGAACGUCAACGAGCCAAAGCUCGACUUCUCUCUAACUGAAGACGAAGAAAACAACUCGAUCGUCUUAAACCUGGAGGUUUACAGACACAUGGACACCUCUCUGAUCGACGUGGACGUCCAGCCGACGUACGCCAGGGUCACCGUCAAAGGAAAGAUAUUUCAGGUGGUUCUGCCCGCUGAAGUGAAGCCCGACAGCUCGACAGCUCAGAGGUCCCAAACCACGGGACACCUGGUCCUCACCAUGUCCAGGGCUGACGGUGAAAUCAAAGUGACAAAGACCGUCUCACGUCGGCCCCGAGCGUGUCCGAGCGGACGCAGCAGCUCGCCGCACGACAAUAAAAGAAGACCUAACGUCCCUGAGCGGCUGGAGGUGGACCCCAGCAAGCACACAGCCCUCGACAUCGCCAACAUCGUACCGCGCCAGAGCGCCCGAGAAGGUCCUCUGGAAACAUCCCGAACGGCUCCAACGACAACAACAGGUCACUGCAGCUUCUCUGACGGGUUUGUGGACGACCCCGACGUCCCCCCGCUGAUGUAAGACUUUUAGAAAUAACAGUAACUAAAACCUUCGAUCCAAAGCUUUUUACGUAAAAUAUGCAGACAGCUUAAAAAUGUUGUCUUUAACAAAAAAUCACCUCCUCAGACGUUUAUGAGGUUUUAAAGAAAGAAUGAAUUAGACCAUCUGCCCCCCAAAAUCUGUGAAAAAUUAAUGACACAUCGAAUAAAUCUCUAAUGGUGGAAACAGUGAAGCUGUGUGAUAUAACAGCGU